CCUCUCCGACUUGAUAUAAAACGGAAACUAACAGCUCGGUCUGACCGGGUGAAGAGUGUAGACUUACAUCCCACAGAACCGUGGAUGUUGGCUAGCCUUUACAAUGGCAGUGUCUGUGUUUGGAACCAUGAAACACAGACUCUGGUGAAGACUUUUGAAGUGUGCGACCUGCCAGUGAGAGCUGCCAAAUUCGUGGCAAGAAAGAACUGGGUUGUUACAGGAGCUGAUGACAUGCAAAUUAGAGUUUUUAACUAUAACACCUUGGAAAGAGUUCACAUGUUUGAAGCACAUUCAGAUUACAUUCGUUGUAUUGCUGUGCAUCCCACACAGCCUUUCAUACUGACAAGCAGCGAUGACAUGCUCAUUAAACUCUGGGACUGGGAUAAAAAAUGGUCUUGUUCUCAGGUAUUUGAAGGGCACACCCAUUAUGUCAUGCAGAUUGUCAUAAACCCAAAAGACAAUAACCAGUUUGCCAGUGCCUCUUUGGACAGGACAAUCAAGGUGUGGCAGCUUGGCUCUUCUUCACCCAACUUCACUUUGGAAGGUCAUGAGAAAGGAGUAAACUGCAUUGACUAUUACAGUGGAGGAGACAAGCCAUAUCUCAUAUCUGGUGCAGAUGACCGGUUGGUUAAGAUCUGGGACUACCAGAAUAAAACAUGUGUACAAACACUGGAAGGACAUGCUCAAAAUGUGUCGUGUGUCAGCUUCCAUCCUGAAUUGCCUAUCAUUAUUACAGGCUCAGAAGACGGAACUGUGCGCAUUUGGCAUUCAAGCACUUACCGCCUGGAAAGUACCCUCAACUACGGUAUGGAGAGAGUGUGGUGUGUGGCCAGUUUAAGAGGAUCCAAUAAUGUGGCUUUGGGAUACGAUGAAGGCAGUAUUAUUGUUAAGCUUGGUCGUGAAGAACCUGCCAUGUCCAUGGAUGCAAAUGGAAAAAUUAUUUGGGCUAAACAUUCAGAAGUCCAACAGGCUAACUUGAAAGCUAUGGGAGAUGCUGAAAUCAAAGAUGGAGAAAGAUUGCCGCUGGCUGUAAAGGAUAUGGGGAGCUGUGAAAUCUAUCCUCAGACAAUUCAGCACAACCCUAAUGGACGGUUUGUAGUAGUGUGUGGUGAUGGUGAAUACAUCAUCUACACAGCUAUGGCCUUGAGAAACAAGAGCUUUGGUUCUGCACAGGAGUUUGUAUGGGCACAUGAUUCUUCAGAGUAA